CCGCGCGCUUCGCAGCCGCCGCCGCUGCCGUCGCCUCUCUCUCUCCCAGCGCGGCGGACGUCCCCGGGCUGAGCGGCGAGGGCGCUCUGGUGCUAGACCCAUCGCCAGACACCCCUGGGCCGGUUGACUCCCGAGUCCCGCUCCUGCACCCCGCGUCCCCAAAGAUGAAUGUGAGGAGGGUGGAAAGCAUCUCGGCUCAGCUGGAGGAGGCGAGCUCCACAGGCGGUUUCCUCUACACUCAGAACAGCACCAAGCGCAGCAUUAAAGAGCGGCUCAUGAAGCUCUUGCCCUGCUCAGCUGCCAAAACGUCGUCUCCUGCUGUUCAAAACAGCGUGGAAGAUGAACUGGAGAUGGCCACCGUCAGGCAUCGGCCUGAGGCUCUCGAGCUUCUGGAAGCCCAGAGCAAAUUUACCAAGAAGGAGCUCCAGAUUCUAUACAGAGGAUUUAAGAAUGAAUGCCCCAGCGGGGUUGUCAACGAAGACACCUUCAAAGAGAUUUACUCGCAGUUCUUUCCACAGGGAGACUCUACCACAUACGCACAUUUUCUGUUCAAUGCAUUUGAUACGGACCACAAUGGAGCUGUAAGUUUUGAGGAUUUCAUCAAGGGUCUUUCCAUUUUGCUCCGGGGGACAGUACAAGAAAAACUCAACUGGGCAUUUAAUUUGUAUGACAUAAAUAAAGAUGGCUACAUCACUAAAGAAGAAAUGCUUGAUAUAAUGAAAGCGAUAUACGAUAUGAUGGGUAAAUGCACAUAUCCUGUCCUCAAAGAAGAUGCUCCCAGACAACACGUUGAAACAUUUUUCCAGAAAAUGGACAAAAAUAAAGAUGGAGUCGUUACCAUAGAUGAAUUCAUCGAAAGUUGCCAAAAAGAUGAAAACAUCAUGCGCUCCAUGCAGCUCUUUGAAAAUGUGAUCUAACUUGUCGAAUGCGUCCUCAAUCAGACAAAUGUGAACGAUUCUAUCACACAAAGCUGGAGCUACCACUUUUAGCAUAGAUUGCUCAGCUUUACACUGAGGCAUAUUAUGCAAACAAGCUUUGUUUUAAUAUAAAGCAAUCCCCAAAAGAGUUGAGUUUUCCAUUUAUAAAUUUGCAUCCUUCUCAUAAUGCCACUGAGUUCAUGGGAUGUUCUAAGUCAGUUCAUACCCUGUGAAUAUUCAAAAGUAACAGGAUCUGGCAUAUAGUUUUAUUGAUUCUUUAGCCACAGGAUUAUUGAGGCUUUCACAGUAUCGGUGAUUUUAAAAUAUCUGUGUUUUUUGCUAUUCAUUUGUAUGUAUUCAGCCCCAGGAUUUUAAAUGGUUUUCUGACAUACUGGCAUCUGCACUUAAUUUCCAGAUAUUAGUUUUCAUGUUUGUAUGCUGUAAUUCCAUUUAUACUUUAAGUAAACAAAACAAGGUUACUACAAUUGGAAAAAAACAAACAAACAAACACACAGUCCCAGUUUCUCUGGAUUUGCUUCCUUCUGUUAAAGACAUUCAUUUACCUGGCAUUUUUUUAUAACAUGAAACAAGUCAGUUUAUCACCAGAUGUCAGCAUAUGCCUAAUAAAGCUUAUUUAAUAAGCAUUUCUUAAUUUUUCAUAAUACAUAUUACAGCCAAGGCCUACAUGAUGUAUGUAAUUUUGGAUUUGUUCAGUCCUACAGGUUGACUGUUAUGUCACUAAGUGGAAGUCCAAGAAGGUGUGAAACAAAGCAAGGAUGUCCACAGGCUUAGCAAAGGGUCAGGACAUCUGUCAUCCAGUAUGUGGCAAUGCUUAGCAACAAGUAAUCCUUAACUGCAUUCAAGGCCUAUCCCAUCCUCUUUCCUGACUCCCUCAUGGCACCUUUACAUUAGAUGCCAUUUAGGGACAAACAAACCUUUGCUACCCUAAUGCCUACCAAGAACAAACAGCAAGCAGAAUUCACUUUGAAAGCACCAGUGAUUCCAUUAUAUCGAGAACUAUAAUAUCAAAAUUUAAUAGAAAAGGAAUAUAAGUGCUAAGCAACUCAUCUGGAUUGUAUUAUGAUUUAGCUCAUCAUAAAACUCCAAUAAUUCAGAUUAUUUUUAAUGAUCUUAAGCCAAAAUUGUAAAGUUGCCACAAUAUUACUAAAGAUACACACACCUUCCCUGUUUGUUUUGCAGAAAUAUCACAAAGACCAAGAGGCUAGAGUAGGAGGAAAUUUGCAACUGUCUUUGCAACAAUAAAUCAGGUAUCUAUUCUGGUGUAGAGAUAGGAUGUUGAAAGCUGCCCUGCUAUCACCAGUGUAGAAAUUAAGAGUAGUACAAUACAUGUACACUGAACUUGGCCAUCACGUGUUUGUGUAAAUUCAAUGUGCACAUUUUGUAUUUCAAAAAGAAAAAAUAAAAGCAAAUAAAAUGUUUAUAACUCUA